AUGCAGCGGGGCGGCCACGGACACUACGGCGGCGGCCACCAUGGCGGCGAUGGCGGCGGCGGCUACGGCGGCGGCGGCUUCGACAAGCAGCGCAGCCGCAAGCCCAUCGUGCGCAAGUGCAUCGACCCGAACUCGACCUUCAUCUCGUACAUCACGCAGCGCAAGUUUGCCCGCGACUUCCGCGACCUGCCGCCGCAGUACAGCAUGAACCCGCACUCGGCGUACAAGCGCUACAUGCUGCCGCCUGGCGCAUUUGGCCGCGACGACCUCAUGUCGUGCGUCGCGACCAAGUUUUGCCGCAGCUCGACCAACAAGCAGCGCUGCCCGGUCAACUGCCUCAUGUGGACGCCGGAAGGCCGGCGCCUCAUUACGGGCAACUCGGUCGGCGAGUUUACGCUCUGGAACGGCCUCGCGUUCAACUUUGAGACGAUCUUGCAGGCGCACGACGACGCGGUGCGCGCGAUGGUGUGGAGCCACAACGACAAUUGGUUUGUGACCGCCGACCACGGCGGCGUCAUCAAGUACUGGCAGUCGAGCAUGACCAACGUCCAGCUCGUGCAUGGUCACCGCGAAGCCGUCCGGUCGCUUUCGUUUUCGCCCACGGACUACAAGUUUGUGUCGUGCUCGGACGACGCGACGGUCAAGAUCUGGGACUUUGAGUCGGUCAAGGAAGAGCGCGUGCUCACGGGCCACGGCUGGGACGUCAAGUGCGUGGCCUACCACCCGUCGAAAGCGCUGUUGGCGAGUGGCUCCAAGGACAACCUCGUCAAGAUCUGGGACCCCAAGUCGGGUGCGUCGCUCAACACGCUCCACGGACACAAGAACACGGUCGUCAAGGUCGCGUGGAACCAGAACGGCAACUGGCUCCUCACGGCGUCGCGCGACCAGCUCAUCAAGCUCUACGACAUUCGGACGCUCAAGGAGUUUGCGACGAUGAAGGGCCACACGCGCGAGGUCACCUCUCUCGCGUGGCACCCGAUCUACGAGUCGCUCUUCCUCUCUGGCUCGUACGACGGGUCACUCCUCUACUGGCAGGUCGGCAAGGAAACGCCGAUCGCGACGGUCCCGCACGCCCACGACAACGCGGUCUGGGACAUCCAGUGGCACCCGGCCGGCCACGUCGUCUCGACGGGCUCGAACGACCACAGCACGAAAUUCUGGUCCCGCAACCGCCCCGGCGACUGCAUGGACGACAAGUACAACAACCUGCAGGCGCCGACCGACGACCGCAUCGCCAGCGCCGUGCCGGGCAUGGACGCGCUUCUGACGCCGUACGGCAGCCAGAAGCCGACGACGCUGCCGGGUCGCCGCCCGCCGCCCGACAACUACACGUGCAACCGGUACUGCCCGCACAAGGACGAGAUGACGCAGAAGGCGCCGCCGCCGGGCUACCUCUGCAAGCGCUGCAACAUUGCGGGCCACUACAUCUCGGACUGCCCGCAGGCCAAGAUUCCGCCGCCGUCGUACGUGUGCCACAAGUGCCGCCAGAAAGGCCAUUGGAAGCAAGACUGCCCGAACGACCUGCCGCACUCGAACAAGCGCGGGCCGCCCGACGGCCCCGAGCACGAAGCCAAGCGCUUUGAGCAAGACUUUAUGGCGUCCAUGGUGAGCCGCAACAGUGGCUACACGAGCCAUAGCAACAACAACAACAACAACAACGGCAGUAGCUUCAACCGCGACCGCGACUAUGGCGGUCGUCCCCGAAGCAGCAACUGGUAG